CUACUUUCCCCUCUUCCCCCUCCCCUCCCCCUCCCCCCUCCCCGAAGCGCCUCACACCCCCGCACACACGCUACUCAUGUCGUCCGGAUACUCCGGGCGUCCAGGCCGUGGGCCGGCGUCCUCCGGGCCGAACGCCGCCUCGCGCAGCCAUGUGACCCACAGCAGACACAGUCGGUCCACCUACUCGUCCCGCCCGUCGCACACUCGGCCCAAUCUUCCGAAGAAGCCUGACGCUGUGCAGGCCGCUGCGACCUCCUCCACACAGCAGCCAGGCGAGUCUACGGGCUCCAAGGAUUCAAACGCCCGGCCCCAGGGACGGGGGGAAAAAAACAGCCGCACUCACGAUGGACCUCCCGAGGAUACGGCGACCCGGCCCCGACGGGCCCGUGGAUCUGCCGGGUCUUCUGCCACCACCGCGCAGCAGGCCGCCCCGCGCGAGCUGCAUCGCAUGCAGUUGGAGCAGAUGACCCCGGAAAAGGCCUCCGGUACCCUGCUUGCGCCGUACAUUUCGCUGUCGGUGCUUGCGCACCACAUGCGUCUGCCCUCGGAGGCCAGCGCCAAGCUGGAUCUCAUGGCUGCCGCCGAGGCCGGUGGUACUUUCUCCAUGAAUCACAUGUCCCUGGUUCCCAUGGAGCCGGUCACCUCCCCGGAGGUGGUAGAUCUCCACCAGCGUGCCCUGCGUCUGUUUGUGUCCCAGCUCCAGGAGGUGGUUUGCAGUCGGUGGGCCGAGUUCUGGUCGUCGAUUGCAUAUGCGCCAGCGGUGACUGCUCACCUGCAUGCUUACCUCUUGCUGGGGCCGCAUCCCUCCUCGGCUGAUGCCUUCUUGGUGGACUUCACCAAGCACUCGCCAGUCCCCGAUCCGGUGGCCCGGCUGGCCGAGACGCACCAGCGCCUGGUCUUUGCGGCAUUCUGCCGUGCGGCGUCCACCAUCGAGGGGUCACGCCAUCUGACUCCCGACGAUUACGAGUCGCUCCUGGAUCAAUCCAACAUCUACACCAUGGACGCGGUGUUGCGUGCAUGCCGAGCCUUUUCGGCCAAUGCUCCCGGGCCAAUGGGGGAUGUCCUGCGCUCGGCUCUGGCGCACAGUCGAAGCUUCCGCGAGGUGCAGCAGAUGAUCUCCGAGUCCCAGCAGCUGGAGGCUCGCAUCGAGCGCCUGACCGGUACUGGGCAGGUUCUCUGCCAGCAAAUGGCCGACGAGGAGACCGACGCGCCAGAUAUGGCCAGCGACCUGCUCAGGACCCUGCGCGCUCUGCAUGAUGAGUUGGCUUCGCUGGAGCAGUUCCUACAUUGCAUGGGGUCGAUCCUGCCGGCUGGCGGGCUGCCCGGGUCGGCCGAGCGUCUAAUGACUCGCUGGCUGGGGCCGGACCUGGCUUCUGGCCCCCUUGUUCGGGUGUACUUCCGCCUGCUGCCCGAGCUUUUCCACAUGCUAGGGCAGUCCUUCACCGAGGAGGACUUCGCCGGGGACGGCACGCGCGCGGCGCGGCCAAUUGACCUCAUUCACCAGGUGGCCAUCCUGUUGGAGGCACGGUUGAUUAGCCUCUUUGAGGGCCUUCUCGACGCAUUCAUCGUGCGACGCCUCAUUCAUCCCGAGACCGGCUCGAUCACCCCCUCGCAGCUGAAGACGGUGACCAACUUCCUGGUGCUCGUCUCCAAGCAGGAUCACGCGUAUCCUCCCCGUUAUGACCUUAUUGAAUGCAUCGACAAUGCCAUCGGUGUGUCAGCAGCCCUGUUUAACUUCAAGUCUUCGGCCGCCUUCGACGAGGGUCUCUUUGCCGACAUCCUUUCUCGGUACUUCGAGACUUUCACGGCGGAAAAGCAUCAGAUCCUCGAGGCCUUUGCCAGCGCCGGGUCCACGGCCGGCGGCGAGGAUGUCGCCGAUGGCGCGGACAUUGACCCGCCUCUUGGCAUGGAUCGCGCCCUCUUCGACCUAAUGCGGUCCCCCGUCAAGGAGGAUGAGCACCAGGCCAUCGGCAUGGUGGCGGACAUCCUGCCCGGGCAGUUUGGCGAUGGGUUCCUUCUGUUGGCCUUGCGCUCGCUCGGGGGGAAUGUGGAGCUUCUCUGCUCUCGCUUGUUGGAAGGGCAGUCACACUUCCCGGCCCUCGGCGACACAGUGGCCAGCUUUACCCUUGAGGAAAUGCGCGAGAUCCUGCGCCCAGCCGCCCGGCCCGUAUCCAUCCAUCAGGCUCGUGGGACGGUCUGGGGCGCACCUGAAAUCACAACCAACGUUACCGUCCUGCGCCAGGCUGGUGGCACAGGUCAGAGCAGCAAAUCCGGCAUGAUUUCGACCGACGACCGCCGUGCAGCCAUCGAGAGUACACGCCUGCUUCUGAGUACCUAUGAGGAUGACUAUGACGACACAUACGAGCUGGUGCAGGAGAACCUGUCGCAGUUUGACCGGUCCCGGGAUGGCCCGGAUCAGGAUUCCCGGGCGGAGGGCGGGCGGACGACAGGCGCCACUGGAGCUGGCUCUCGGCCUGACGCUCGCCCGGCGCCCACGCUUGUUCGGCCGAACCGAACUCCCGCAGAUAAAGCUGCCCCCGAAGCCCGGCCAUCAUCAUCCUCCUCCUCCACCCCAUCUCCGGCUACCAAUGCGCGUCGCUCGGCUCAAAGUAAGAAGGCCGUGCAGCAGCAGCGCAAGAAUCUGGCCCUUAAGAAGAUCACUCAGUAGGCAUCUCUAGACCUGAGCCACAAAUACCACCUCCUCUCCCCUCCCCUCUCCCCCCCCCCCCCCCCUCUC